ACCAGGACAGGGGUCUGUUUUUGCAUUCUUACUGAUGAUUUUUCAUGCAUAACGGCUCCGUGCGAAGCAUAUUGGGCCUAUGUUCAGGACUUGUUGCAUAUCAGAACUCGCAUCGACGUGCAGAACUCUAGCCCAAAGCAUGAAAGUCAUGAAUAUAGGCAACUGGUAUUUGAAUGGUAGGCCUGCGCAGAUAAAGAACCCACACCAAUGAUGGUCUGGUAUGCCAAUAUUUCCAUGUAUUUAUGGGAGUCUUGCAUAGAAAUUACUGUAACUCAAACAAACUCAUAUUUUCUGAUCCACCAGCUCUAGAUACGUAACUUGGGGCUGAACUGAAAUAGACCUAUGUCGAUAGGGUUUCCUCUGUAGUCCCUGCGAUAUUUAUGAAUUACCCAAUGGCAUACACCGUUGUUGAAGAUACACUCAAUAUCCUUCAAGGUUAUUGGAUAGUGUGCGCGCUCUCUCGAUGUGACGGAAAUGGCAACGGAGAGGUGAGGGAGGGGAGAUUUUUAAUGGCAGUCAUUGGCGCACAAGAAUCCAGUCGGUUUAGACUUCAACUUACAAAUAUCAAUUAAAACAGCUGAUCUUGGCCAACAAAUAUUAAUCAUACAGUUGAACUUUGUAGGCGUUGUGGGAUAGUACCAUACUGGAUUUUCUUCUCUCGCUGGACUGAGUUUAACUCUUGUUUUGUGACACUGCAUCGAGGACGGAGGCCUAGCCGGGAGUCAGUGGAGAGAAGCGGCUUCGUCGGAGUUGAUAGUGAGAAUAUGUAACAGACUUCAACAUGACAUCCCGAUUUGGUAAAACCUACAGUCGUAAGGGUGGCGAAGCUAACACCAAGUUCGACGAGGUCUUUUCGAACAAAAAGGCCACUAUAAGCACGAAAUGGGGGGAGACUACCUACAAGGCGCAGCUGUCUUCCAAGCGGCCCAUCGUCAAACAGCAAGAGGUACCAGAGCCACCCAAGAGGCCCAGGCUGGAGGAGGACGACAACUCAGACGACCCCUUUGGCUUUGACAGCGAUGACGAGUCCAAAACGUCCUCCUCCACCACCACUAAAGCUGCUGCUCAGCCGGAGAGCCAGCCAGCAGCAGCCACCCAGCAGUCUCAGCCCAAGACGUCUGUGGUGAUGAAGAGUGCACCAUCGGCAUCAUCAGACUUGUCGGCCUCCAGAGCAGACAAGCCCCUGCAGACGAGCGUGACGGUUAGCGCCUGGUCCAGAUCCACCGCCGCCACCGCCAAGCCCACCUCGUCCUACACCACCCUGAAGACCACCGUUACCAAGGACACCUCCGACGGAUGGAACUCAGAGGGCAGCCAGAGAUCAUCGUCACCAGGUGAGGACUCGUUGGAGAGUGAGGGCCCCAGCGGACUGUCCCAGGAGGAGGCCCCGCCGGCCCCCGAACCUGAACCAGAACCACUGGACUUCGAGCAGCUGCCCCUCCUCAAGUCAACCACCAACCGGGUCUACCACAGGCCCAAGAGGCACAAGGACACUGGAGAGGCGGAUGACGGCUCGCCCCAGAAGGAUUGCCAGCCUCCCGCUCACCCAUCAGCGUCCUCCACCUCCACCUCCACCACCACCCCCGCUACAUCCUCCUCCACCACCGGCCCCAGCAGCAGCGGCGUGGGACGGGGCUCGGGGCCGCCGCCUAGUGGCAGUGGCACCACACAGCAGCAGAAGCCCGCGGGUCGUGGCAGGGUGCGGGACUACACGGUGCUGCACCCCUCGUGUGUGUCCGUGUGCAACGUGACCAUACAGGACACCAUCGAGCGCACAGACGACCUCACUAGCGCCGCCCCGGUGGUGGAUAUCGGAGAGGCGGGCACCUUCAAGAGGAAGACUGACGCGUCACCUGCCAAGCCCACCAGGUUCCGGCCCACGCAGUCCAAGUCCAAGAAGGAGACCAAGCUGGAGUUCUUUGGGUUCGACGAGAGCGAGGGGCAGGAGGGGUCGGAGGGCGAGGGGGCCACCGCCUCCGGCAGCGCCAGCUACAAGAUCAAGUACUUCGGCUUCGACGAGCUGAGCGAGAGCGACAGUGACGACGACGACGAGGUCAAGGCCAGCAAGAAGGCCCGCAAGGCGGCGGCAGCAGCAGCGGCGGCCGCGGCCAGCGCAUCGGGGGCAGGGGCGUCAUCCAGUGGGGUGGAUAGCCCCCACACCAGCGAUUCACAGGAGAGCCAAGCCAGCACCAACACAGACUCCCUGGAGUUCACGGACGACUCCGGAUCGGGCGGCUCGGAGACGCAGAGGCCUCGGCACGGCAAGCUGUUUGACAAGUCCAAGGACAUCAGCCGCAAGAUCUUCAAGAAGUCUCCUGCGAAGGCGGUGUACAACGCCAGACACUGGAACCAGCCAGAGCCAGAGGAACCUCCAGCCCCCACACGCACCAUCUCUGCACCGGCUGCCUUGGGAAGCACCGGCAGUGGCAGCAGCAGUAGCAGCAGUAGCAGCAAAGCCGGUGGCGGUGGCAGUGGAAGCAGCAGUAGCAGCAGUAGUAGCAGCACUAGCACUAGCAGCAAGGAGAAGGACACCAACUCCCAUAAGAAGAAGGACGACGACGUCUUCAAAGCACCGCCGCCGCCCCCUAAGCUCAUCAAGUCGGACACCAUCCCCACACAGCCCUAUCAGGACAUCGUCACUGCACUCAAAUGCAGGAAGGAACACAAGGAGCUGUAUACAGUGGUUCAGCAUGUGAAGCACUUUAAUGACGUGGUGGAGUUUGGGGAGAAUCAGGAGUUCACAGACGACUUCGAGUACCUGGAGACGGGACUGAAGAGCGGACAACCCCUCAACACACGAUGCCUUAGUAUCAUCAGUUUGGCCACUAGGUGUGCUAUGCCAGGCUUCCGGAUGCACUUGAGAGCCAGGGGGAAGGUGGCACAGGUCUUCAAGAUGCUCAGCGACGCACCACAACAUCCGAACCUGGCUCUGUGCACGGCGUCUCUGAUGUACAUCCUGAGUCGGGACCGGUUGAAUAUGGAUCUGGACCGGGCCUGUCUGGAGCUGAUGAUCCGGCUGCUGGAGCUGGAGCAGGACAACAGCCCCGUGGACGACCAGCUGACGGCCAAGGAGAUCUCCAAGGUCAAGGAGAAGAUCCGCAAGCUGUGCGAGACCGUUCACAACAAGCACUUGGACCUUGAGAACAUCACGACGGGCCACCUCGCUAUGGAAACACUGCUGUCACUCACCUCCAAAAGGGCAGGCGAUUGGUUCAAAGAAGAGCUCCGCCUUCUGGGAGGCCUGGACCACAUUGUGGACAAAGUGAAGGAGUGUGUUCAGAGUCUGAGUCAGGAGGAGGACAAGGAGAUGCUGGUGGCGUCACUGUGGGGCGCCGAGAGGUGUCUACGAGUACUGGAGAGUGUGACGGUGCAUAAUCCAGAGAACCAGGGCUACCUGAUCGCAUACAAGGAGUCCCAGCUCAUCAUCUCAGCAGCACGGGGUCUGCGGUACUGUGAGGACAUGAUCCAGCGCUACAGUCGGGAGGUGACGCGGACGGUGGCCCUCGGAGGCUCCGCCCUCCCCCACUGUAGUCAUAGCAACGUGGGCAAGGCCGUGGAGGACUGCAUGAGGGCCGUGAUCGGGGUACUGCUGAACCUCACACACGACAACGAGUGGGGCAGUACGAAGGCGGGUGAGCAGGAGAAGUUAUUGGAGACGGCUCUCAACUGCGUACUGCGGGUACCGAGAUACCUACCUCAAGAACAGAGAUUUGACAUCAGAGUACUGGGUCUGGGCCUGCUGAUCAACCUGGUUGAGUACAGCUCGCGCAACAGGCACUGCCUCAUCGACAUGCAGCUGGAGAUGGUGCUGGACCUGGACCUGACUGUGCUCACGGAGGCAGGAGGAGGAGGAGGAGCAGGGGAUGAGAAGAAGGGAGGAGGAGGAGGAGAGGAAGAGGCCACCACGAUAGAGGGAGAGCAGCAGACUGCCUCUGGCGCCCUCACGGCACUCGUACAUCUGUUCCUGGAGCGAGAGCGGGCGGCCGUGUUGGCGGAGGCGCAGACUGAUGACCUCAUCACCGAAGCGCCCAAGCCACAGGACCAGAGCGGCGAGUGGCAGGAGACGUCGGGGGAGAUCCAGUGGGUUGCCACGGAACCCAAGGAGGACGCCGACGACAAGAAAGACAAAAAAGAAGAGGAGGACGAGGAGAUCGACUUCAACAAAGUUCUGCAGCAUUCGGGGAAGCACAUGGAGGACAGCAUCGUGGCGUCCUACACAGCCCUACUACUGGGAUGCUUAUGUCAAGGCAGUCCGGAGAAUGUGACGACCGUAAGAGACAGCUUACCCAAGGGAGACUUCUCCAUCAUGACAGAGAUGCUCAAGAAGUUCCUCAAUUUCAUGAACCUCACGUGUGCGGUGGGUACCACUGGUCAGAAGUCCAUCUCUCGGGUGAUCGACUAUCUGGAGCACUGCUAGCACGCCGGACACCUGUCGCCCCGUUUAUCCCCCUCAACACACUCUCUCUCUCUCUCCCUCUCAUCCCCUCGUCACCACCCACCUCGGUCACACUGAGCUGCGUUGCCGCCGGCGAUCUACGGCAGGGGUCCCAGAUGAAGCAGCGUGAUGGCGCGCGCCCCCCCAUCCCCAUCCUCGUCCUCAUCCUCAUCCUCUCCCCUGGUGACUGUUGCCGUGCCGAUCUGAUCCUCACCAUGGUCACUGUUACUGGGGCAUCGCUGCAGUUUCACAUCGCGCUGCAUCGCAAGCUCACAAAUUUGUUCUCUUUUAAUCAAUCUUUCUUUUUUUUCCCCUUUCUUUUUUAUUAAAACUUCAUGCUCAGCAUCGAUCACUGUUGUAGGACUGUUCUAGGACUGGUUAGAGUCAUUCUCCCCUGCUCUCUUUCUGUUUUUCUAUGAUCUAUUCUCUAUCCCCCCGUCCCUGGAUUUUACGUAUUGGCCCUCAACCUGCUAAGAGAACUAGACACACGCAUAUGCAAAAAAUUAUACACAUGAAUUUUGUUCCUCUUAAUGUGGAAACCUAUUUAAGAUUUCAGACAUUAUUUAAUUGUUUAAGUUGUGUGAGACUGGGUAAUGCCCCCCUAUUUAUGCGUAUAUAAUAUUAUGAUUUUUGUUUGGAGUUUGUUAAAGGAAGAGCUGGUGUCCAGAACCGGCCCUGGCCCCUCGCCCUGCGGAACACCUCGCACUUCCAUUCCUAAAGCUCCCUCCCUACCUUCAUCAUCCAGCCAUCUUAGUGGAGAUCACACACACACACACACACACACACACACACACACACACACACACACACACACACACACACAGACACACAGACACACACACAGACACACACACAGACAUGUACAUGUCUUAACAUAUGCAGAAGAGUGUAACCUUUUGUACGUUGGAACCAAAGCCUUGUCCUUUUUUCCUGUUCUUGCUGUUAGCACACACACACGCACACACACACACACACACACACACACACACACACACACACACACACACACACACACACACACACACACACACCCUUUUCUCUCCCUCUCUAUCUCUCUCUCUCUCUCUCUCUCACACACACACACACACACAGCAGCGUUCCCGUGUUGUAUAAGGCCAGCGUUCUGUGUUGCUGACCAGUCCACUUAUCUGCAAGCUUAAACCACUUUGCUAAGAGAAGAGUGUGUGUGUGUGAGUGAAGUGUGUGAAGUUGAAGACCUUGGGUGAAGAGGUGUGUGCGUGUGUGUGUGCGUGCGUGCCUGCGUGCGUGUGCCAUAGAAUGUGCUCUCCACAGGCUGUUUUCCAAGCACUGUAAAGGGAAAUGAGAUGUCCAGAAAAAGCUGGACCUUGAAUUCAGUUUCUUAACGCCACUUCAUUUGUCUACGCUUUGUAAAUGUCACAGCUGAACAGGACCACACCACACGCAGUCUCUGUGCGAAUUAAGACCGUCUCAAGACGUAACACCAUUCCCUUGCAUUUAGUGGUAAGCGUCGCUGUCGAGAGAGAGUGGAGUCGCUCUUCCGAAGGACGUUGCUACCGUCGUUAGCAAAGGCGCUUUCGAGAUACGGACCCCAGAUUUCAGGCCGUGCUUACAAAUGUUGACAGAAAUCGCCAAACUCCACAUGCACACAGACACACAGAAAUGCCCUCUUUAUGUUUCUUCUUUUUUCCAUUGCUAGACUUAUCCAACAUAUCCAGUCUCAAGGCAACAUCUCCUUUGCUUGUGUAGACUAAUUGGCCUUACUUAUCCCCCUCUUGCACGCACGCAUGCGCGCACAAACACACACACACACACACACACACACACACACACACACACACACACACACACACACACACACACACACACACACACACACACACACACACACACACACACACACACACACACACACACCAUUGACAAGAGGACCGUUUCUUGAUGUUUUUAUACUGCUCCCCCAGUUCAGCAAGGUGGGGACAUCUCCACCCCCCUCCACCACCACCCCCACAACCUCAAGCUUCUAGGAAAGGCGAGACGUAUUCCUCUUUUUGUUUUCACAUGGGAUUUUAAAUGGGUUUGCGAUGAAAUGCAAAGAACUGUUCUGAGCGUGUUUGUUUUCUGUCUGUUUGCUUGUUUGUUUGAAAGAAUAGGUGCUCUCAUGAUCUUGCUUUUGUCGUGCUACCAAUCAGUUUAGAAAAUGUUGCGAUUCACCUGGCUGUUCUGGCUAGUUUUUGUUCAGGUUUUUGUUUCUUUUGUUUUUGUUUCUUUUGUGGUUUUACCCUUUUCAGACUUUAGAUACUUGAGUGCGUAAUGGAUGAUGAGACUGUCCUGGACCAUGAAUUUUUUUGUUAUCUUUUCCUUAACCGACGGUCAGUUUAAUUUAAAUUUAUAUUAUUUAAUUCUAAGCUAUUUGAAUGUUGUUGGCUUUGUUGGUGCAAACAAACCUCUAUUUUUUCACAAAGAAAUUUGCCCUGAUGCCUGUAGAUGAGAACAUGAGUUUUGUCCCCCCCUCUCUUGCCGUACUUUCCCCUCCUUGGCCUAUGAGGCCAGUCACAGUCUUCAAACUCAUUAUCUGAUUCGCUGACGAGUAAUCAAACUCGUUAUCUGAUUGGCUGACGAGUAAGAGUGCGCUCUUCCUUUUGGCACAUUGUUUUUUCCAUAGCCACCAUGAUACAUUAUGUAUCUCUUCCCUCAGAGUAGCUAGAUUGUCUUGGACUGCUUCCACUCUCGUCUGCGUUUCCCACCGCCGUAGCUCCUCGCUAAUUAGCAACAUGGUUUGUUGGCAACGGGCAAGUACAUGACAACCAACAAAAAGCUUAGUAGCUGCUAUGACUGUUUCUCAAUGUCGAGUGUUCUAGCCUUGCUAGGACGUGAAACGCCUGGUGAUUGGAUGCUCCAAAGAGUUCACCAAAGAGUAUCCAAUCACUGGGCAUUUCACGUCCUAGCAAAGGCUAGAACACUUGUCAUUGAGAAACAGUGACUGUGACUACGGUUUUUGGGAAGUGGAAACUUACAGGGGGCGGGGCUGCCUUUCACAAACGCUUGCCAGGCACUAAGCAAGAGCAUCAGGACGUUUGUGACUUAAACACUGGGCCACUGGGCGUAGAAACUCUCUCUGUCUGUAAGCUAGCGGGUGAUAAGAGCCAUAUUCUGUCACAAUAAUAAUGUUUUAUGAUUAUUAUUAUUAUUAUUAUUCUAUAUUUGUUACGUGCCCUCUGAUUUUUAAUGCAGGUAUGAGCAUUGAGUAAUGUUUCGAUUAGAGGUUCAAUUUUUUCAAGUCUGAAAUACAAGUGUUUAAAAUAAAUAAAACAAGUCAUGUAAAUAGGACUGUACAUAGUGGCUGUUGGACGGUAGAUAAAGCUAGACUACUUUUUUUCUCCUCUGAUAUUUUUGUUUUAUACCGUUUUUCCCUCUCAGUUAAUGAGUUAUUUGAAGUAAAAGGGUUGAAAAAGAAAAAAACAUAUAAAAAGUCAGCUGCAGGACACAUAUAAAUAACUAUAUAUAAAUUCCACAGUUUGUACCAGUUUCACGAUGAAAAUAAAAUUAAUGUCUUUGGUUACAUGUAAAUAAUUUUAAUUCGAAUAAAAUUGCUACUUUCAGUA